AUGAAUCACCAACCUUCACUACAAGCCAACAAUAACUCACCUCUGACAAUGAUGAUGAUGAUGAACUCAGGUGGUGCUACUCAAUUAGAUUCCUCAUCAGAUGCCAAUGGAUUUGAUAACUUUUUGGAUAUAUUUUCUACUGAUAUGGAUUUUGAACAAGCUUAUUCGAUGUAUAAUACUUUGCAACAAAAGUCAGCCAUUGGGUCGUUUGAAGAAUUGAAUAAAGUUCAAAUGUUGAAUUCACAAUACACUACCAACUUGCCCACUCCUCCACCUCAGCAACAACAACAACAACAAUUUUCUGCGCAUAAUAGUGUGACUGGUUUACCACAGGAUGAAUUCGCUGAUUCUAGGCAACAAAUACUAAAUGGAGGACAUCAAUACAUUCAACAAGAUUCAGAACAACAACAGCAUCAACAACAAAACUCAGAGCAACAACAUCAACCUCAACAGCAAGAAGAAAAUGACGAUUUUGAUCAUUUCUUUACCAACACUGAAUCAAAUGCUCUAGAACGGUUUUUGGAUAGUUUGGCAAACCCAAAAGCAGCAGCUGAUCCAUUACAAUUUUACCAUAAUAGCCGAUCAGCAAGAAACAACAAUAAUAGUAAUAAUAAAAGCAAUAAUGAUGAAGGUAGUGGCAGCAUACCUAAGGCUAAUAAUGAUACGGGGUUUGAUUUUAACUUUGAGAUGCGUACAAUGAGUGUACCUUCUUUUAAUAAGCAAACCCAUAAACAAGUGGAAGAGCCACACCAGCUGGAGCUGCAACAACAACAGCACCAGCAAUUACAAAAUUAUCAUCUAAAUUCACACCUACAUCAACCACAGCCUUUUUAUCCAACCGAUUCUACCCUCCACCCAUCGUCAACAUCUCCAAAUACAGCCCAUUCAAAUGUCAUGCAAGCACAAUUUCAACCACAACCACAGCCACAGUAUCAAUACCAAUAUCAGAACCAACAACCACACCAACACCAGCAACAACAGUUGCAAGAUCACGUUGCUCUUAAAAAUGAGUUAGCUGAAGCUUUCUCAGUACCAGCUAAAUCGCCAUUCUCAUCACCUCCACUUGAAAAACAAGUAGAGGAAGCAAAACAAGCUGAAUCCAAAGCAUCAAAAAGAGCACAGGCUAAACAAACUAAGCAAACUAAACAAACUAAACAAACUAAACUGACGAAACAGCAAAAGAAUGAUGUCAAAUGUUCCCCUAACAAAGCUGAAAUCAAUAAACAACAAUCAUCAGCCACCACGUCGUCAGUAUCAUCAACAAAUUCACAACUAAUCACUCCACCAACUUCAGGCGACGAAAGUAAGAAAAGACAAGGCGUUGAAGAAGACGAAGAGGAGGAAGAGGAAGAGGAAUACGACUCCGAAGACGACACCUCCACCAUUAAUACUACUUCUACUUCAAGACUGGAUAAACCACUCCUCAAAAAACGUAGACGUUCAACCAACAAACCGCUUUUAUCAUUGGAACAAAAACGGUUAAACCACUCCCAUUCAGAGCAAAAACGUCGUCAAUUGUGUAAACAAGCUUACCAACGUUGUCUUGAACAAAUUAUUGAUUUGGAAGCAUUUGCCAGAUUACCUGAAUUGAAUGAAGCUGAUCGCAAGACUAAAAGAGCCAGGGUUAAUAAAGAAGGAUUGCCUAAUUUAUCUAAACAUGGAGCAUUGAUGAGGAUUAGCAAUGAGAUGAUGUUGAUCAGGCUGUUGAAUGAGGGGUUGAGGCAGUUGUUGGAGGGUUAA